AAUUCCAUUAACUAACAAUCGUCACCAAUUCCAGUAACCAAGAAACCCAUUAUUUUUUUCCUUUUCUUUUUCUACAUCUCUCUUCUCUCAUCAUUCAAUCCAUCACCUUUGUUUCUCCCCUUGGACAGAAAUGGCAGGUAACGAUUGGAUUAACAGUUACUUGGAGGCGAUUUUUGAUGUGGGUCCAAACUUAGACGACGCUAAAGCGUCGCUGUUGCUCCGGGAAAGAGGCAGGUUUAUCCCCACCCGCUAUUUCGUGGAGGAGGUCAUCACUGGAUUCGAUGAGACUGAUCUCCAUCGUUCUUGGGUUAAGGCUCAAGCAACGAGGAGACCCCAAGAGAGAAACACUAGACUGGAGAAUAUGUGUUGGCGGAUUUGGAAUUUGGCUUGUCAAAAGAAGCAGCUUGAGGGACAGUUGGCCCAGAGAAAGGCCAAACGCCGUCUUGAACGUGAAAGAGGCCGCAGAGAAGCCACUGCUGAUAUGUCUGAAGACUUAUCAGAAGGGGGGAAAGGAGAUAUAGUUAGCGAUGUAUCUGCUCAUGGAGAGAACAACAAAACCAGACUGCCUAGAAUAAGUUCCGUUGAUGAAAUGGAGCAGAAAGGAAAAAAGCUAUACAUUGUACUAAUAAGGCAUGAACUGAACUCUAGUGCUUUUGUUUUUUAUAUUGGAUGUCAGAUAUCAUGCAUUUUUAACUGUGUUUUAGUAUUUCUAGCAUUUUCUUAACUUUAUUUAUUUUUUUAAUCAUAAAUCAU